AAUCUGUGUGAUCACCUUGGCAGAAGCCCAUCCUCUCCUUCAAAGUGGAAAAACAAUUAAAAGCAUUAAUUACCAAAUCAGUGCCAACUGUAGCAGGCUCCAGAAUAAGGUCUCUGGGAAGUCAAAAAGGGGAGCUCAGUUUUUAACAGAACUUGCCCCUCUGUGCAGGAUAUCUUCGUCAGAUGGAGAGGAAUACACCAUUUACAGUUGUAUACGAGGACGACUGAUAGAAGUGAAUGAAAACAUUCUUAGCAAUCCCGCUAUUCUGCAAGAAAAGCCAUCAACCGAGGGAUACAUCGCAGUGGUUCUACCCAAAUUUGAAGAAAGCAAGAGUAUAACUCAAGGACUUCUGACGCAGAAGGAGUACGAGGAAGUUUUGUUGAAACGUCUUAAUUCUUCUUCAUGA